UCUCCGUCAUUAAAUUGCUAGCCGGAACCCCCAUCAAAAGGAUGGGCGAUAUCUGCCUAUCCGCGGCUUGAUGAUCAUCAUAUAUAUAUACCUAUAGUUGUAGACGAUUGCUUCAUAUUACUGCGCAGGACCAUUGGCGAGAGACGGUCUUCACAUCUGAAUUUUGAGCGACUACGCAUUGUCACUGAAGCGGACCUAUUCGUUAGUACCUCGUGUGUGUUCCCUUUACGUUAUAGUGCGUAGAUACAGUGGAAUUUAACCCGUGUCGCUUUCAUGUUUUGAUAACAAACUUGUACGCAGAUAAUAUUUAAGUCUAAUUUAAGAGUUUAAUUUCGGUCGAUAACUUAUACACGGAGGUGUAUUAUCCUUUGAAGGACAGGGAUUUGACAAUAUACCUCUGUUCAGGUCCAUCAAAAACAACUGAUCUGGAUUGGAAAUUUUAAAGUAUAUCUGACAGGUGUAACUAAAUAUCAUUGUUUGCCCAGGGUUUGGCAAACAAAUCUUACGUUUAAAGUAGUUGUAGCAGUACAAGUUCCGGAUUAUAUACCUGGAUAAAACUCUUACAACAAAAUGGCUUACGAGUACAGACAUGGUGAACAGAUAGUUUUUCUCGUGUUAGUAUUCACGUGUUUUGCGGCGGCAGGUAAUGGAAAAUUUCUGGAAAGAUUUUGUAAAAUUAGCUGCAAUCGUGGAAGAGGGGGGAAUUUGUGCGGAUGCAAUGGCUUCCACUUUGCUGGAAAGAGAACAUCAUAUUCAGACAUUUCAGAAAAUCCAUCAUCAAAUUCCCAGAAGAAUUAUUUAAAUAAUGACUUUAGCGAUAUUGAAAACAAUGAUGCUUUUGAUGCGGAAAACCUCGAAGACAUGCUGUACAAACAGAAACAGAUUUUACAAGAAUCAGACCAACUUCCGGUGGAACCUAAACGUCUGGAGAAUGUUCGAGUUUUCAUUCGCUGGCUUCUUCAUAAUUUAAACGAAGCGAGGUCUGCUAACAGAGAGAACUACUCGUACCGUGAGGGAAAUGUCCUGACGAAUGGCAGACAGGCUUAAGCGGAAGUAGAUAACCACGUGAUCAAGUUCCCAUGGUUACCGCUAUUUCCGGAACAGCAAAAGUAAUGACAUAAGGAAAGAUAUAUCAUCGCUGUGGUGAACCUUAUACACUAGCAUUUACACUCCUGUCUGCAUGUUAGUACUAAUGGAUAAAAUUAUUUUACUUAACAUCCAGGAAACCAUACGGAAUGUGAAUUUUGCCUGAAUUGUGUGUUGUUAAUAAUAAACAGCAACAAUAUUUUUGAUUGCGACCAAGUGCUUAUAAAAGCUGCGAAUGUGAUAAGGAUAAAGAACGGGGACAUUUGUGUAGGGAAGAUAAGCAACGUUAUUGUAUUUAGUAUUAUCAAAGAUCUCUAACUAGGAUCCGAGAGACUUCCCUCUCCAUCAUGGUGUCAUAAAAUGCAUAAUACAAAUAUGCCAUCCAUUUUACUGAGGGUAGUGUGCCCUGUUCUAAUUGUAUAAGCGGUCUACUAUUGGGCACGGAACGGUUAUUUUAGAUUCGAGGUGCAAUUUUACUCGGUAUUUUAAGGCUUUUUCAACAGUCAACCAUUUAUCAUUUCUAAGCAUAUGUUGUUAAAACGUAUAAGAAUAGAAUAAGAAAUCUAGGAUGUGAUCAUUGACUCACCAGGUAUGAGGAAAAUUCACCAAAAAUACGAUAAUGGGUCGACCAUUUUAGCAAGGAAAUUUCUAGUAAAAAAUCAAUACGUUCAAAAAAGUUUGAACAUUUUCAUGUUAUAAAGUGACAUUUUAUUUGGUAAACAAUAUAAUAUUUAUAACGAGACGCACGGAUAAGGACACAGAUAAGGUAUGGUUUUAAACAAUGGCCAUUGUUUACCUUUUGAUGGUCAUACAAGGAGUCGUUCAAAAGACAUCUUUCAAUACAAAGCAUUACAGGGCGAGCCAGUACAGCGGUGUCCUAGCUCUGUCAAACACUUGUAUUUUUUGUAUGUGAAUAAUUGUAUUUCUUACAUUUGGAAAAUCCAUCAUACAUUAUUGUAUGUUAUAGAUAAGUCAUACAAAAUGCAUUUAGCAUUAUCCCAAUAUUGGAUAUAUAUUUCUGAUUCUAAAUAAAGUUGAAUGAAAUUCUG